AUGCAACUUUCGAGAUCAAGUGCCAUGGAGGCUGCUGAUCUGGAUGGUGCACUCGAGUAUUUGACACGGGUACCAAGCAACGCUGCCACGGAUAUCUUACAAGAUACUUUCCGGUCAACGCUCAAAUAUUAUGGUCACUCCCAUGAAGCACGUGUCGCGUUAAGUCGAGUCUUAUUUCGUGCAUGGCAUUUUAAAGAUGUUAGCCGAUCUGAUUUCUCUGUAUCACGAUUCGAACGUGGAAUUACGACAAGAGAGUUCUUGGCAUUGAUGGAUGACAAUGAUUUAUUCAUUCAUAUUAUGGGAGAUGUUUACCUAUUACCAUAUCAAGAUGCUUUAGCAGUACUUCAAGAGAUGAUGGGCUCUGAUGAUCGGCACGCUACUCGUUUUCUGGUGCCCUAUAUGAGAAUCGCCAAUUCUAUAGCACACGACCGAGAUUUCAUGGAUGCUAUUGCUUUCAUCACAGCGGGCCAAUUUGUUUCUUCAGGAGACGAGUCCAUCAAGUUACAGAAGUUGCUUGCGGAGCAAUUGAAAACGUGCAAGCCGAGUCGCAAGAUCUAUCUUUUAAGGAUCCAGGACGUUUGUCUUCCCAGUUCUUUUGCAUCAAAAGCACCUGACAACCAAUUACAGCAUAAACGACGCCGUAUCCAUGUCAAUACCCAACAAAACACAACUAUCACCAACAUCAAAGAAGAAUGGAGAGACAAUGAUCACGCCAUGGCAUUCAUCCUCUUGUGUGAGCGUAUGCAAGAAAUGUCACGUCCAUUUCCAUCAUUAGCCAUUAAGGAAUGCUUGGAUCAUAUCAAGAUGCUACCAGAUCACGUGUUCGAUGCUCUUCAGCAGACAUUAUCCCAAAGCGAUGACGCCUUAUCACAUUGCAAACAACAAUGCCUGAAUGCUUUACAUGAUCAGCACCCUUCAUGGCAAUCUAUUCUCAAGUUGAUGGUGCAAUACACUGAUCUUUGGAUUGAGGAAUGGAUACAACCCAAUGUCAUGGACGUCUUUGUGACGAUCAUACGGGAUAAUCAUAUGAUUAUUGAUUGCUAUCAUAACCUUUAUAAGGCGCUAUAUCGGAUACCCGCACAAAAGCAAGAGCAAGUCAAAAUGGAGCAGCUAUGCCGCUUCUUUCGUAAAUUGCUGGAGAGCAUUGACAACAAGAAUGAACUGAUGGCGAUUCGGGAUUAUAUCUUUCAGCACAUGACGUUAUACCAUGGUGUCGAAUACAACCUCUUCAAUGGAUUCCAGGAGCUGGAUUUUAACGGCGAGCUUACAAGACUUCUCAACCAGUGCUCUAACAAGCAUGUUAGCUGGGAUCAUGCUACAAAAGGUCUUACAGUGCUUUCAAUAUUUUGGCCUUACAAAGUUAUCAGCGAGAUUGCUUCUCAAUGUGUGGUGAAUCAAGACAAGCAAAAGACAAUGAUACCAGUAUUACGGCAACUCGGUGGUCUCGCCAAGUUAGGGAUCUCGCAUGAUGGAAAGAGUACAACGCUUCUUGGCCACUAUCUGCAAGCCCUGAUAUCACAGUCAGAAUUGGAUUUCUUACGUGUCAAUGUAUCUGCUAUUGCUUCAUUGUUUAAAAUGUGUUGCAGCUCCCCGAAUUCAUCUUUUGAAGAAUACCCUGGUAUCCUUAUUCCUCGAGAUCACGUGCGGACCGAUCAAAAUGUCUUGUUCGAUUCUACGGAUUUCAUUGUUGAUGAGCUUCCUCUAUUACUUUCAGCAAAAGAUGACCAGUGGACAAUGAUGGAAUUGGGUUUGCGCAUACUCGAUGCCCUUUAUGGAAGCGAUAAGAUGCAACACGAGAGAUUCAGGGAUGCCAACGUGAUCAAGUCAGCCAUUUUAUCCAAUGCAGCACCGGUUGAUUUAUGCUUUGCUUUGACAGAAGUACUGGAAAACAGAUAUACGCUAGACCAAUCAACAGCACCUUCGAUACAGCUAUUGGAAAUGGCAUUCAACCUCUUGCAAACUACAUUACACUCUUUGAUGCAAAGCACCGAUAUCAUUUCCUCCGAAGAUGUUGUCAAUGGAAUAUUCGCUCAACUUGAAAUGAAUUAUGAUUGGAGGACGUGUAUGCUGUGGAGCGACUUUCAAUUUACGCUGCAAAAGCGACAUGACCCCACCAAAGCGAAACUAUCGAUACCGAGAUCUCUUCAGCCCAUGGUUGAUACCCUCGACGGCACCUGUCGCCUUUAUGGAACCAUGUCGCACGCACACCAAACAUGUUGGGAUGUAUUAUUUGAUACAUGCAAGCUAUCGCCACUAUUCAUAGAGAAGCUUUUUUCGACCAAGCAUGUGUGGAAACACCAUCUGAAGACUCUCUACCAACACCCGAUGGAAGAUAAGAUCGUGACACACCAUCUUUACCAAAGCCUUUUCCCCAGCUUAUCGCUCAGCGUCAGCGUCGAGUACGAACAAUUGCUAGUCGACUUUCUCGAUCACCUCUAUGAUUCAUUUGAUGCACAUCACGUGGUUGUCGACUUUGCAUAUGCCAAUGAUGCUUUGAGCCCAUUUGCCAAGAUGCUUACGAAAAGGGAUGCGAAGAUCUUUUACAAAGUGCUUUAUUGCACCAAUCUACUUGGGAAAAAGUGUCCUCCUGAUGCAUCAAAAGGGUCUCAAGCAUACUUUGUCAAUUGCAUUGUGAGGAUAUUACAGGGAAUACACAGCUGGGCCGAUCCCUUCCCCCAUUAUGCACAGAACCCAAGUUUGAAUAGCGUGCGCGAUGACAUGUACACUGACCCAUAUGCAAGCAAGAACGUGGCUGGGAUUUAUGAUGGCGAAGAUCAACCUCUCGAAGAAUACGAUAUGGAAAACCCACAAGCUUCGGCACAUCAAGUUGUAGUCGUUGAUGUAUUCUAUCCACUCUACAACGACGAGAUGGCUUCCAGGAAAGCGUUAUCGUUAUUGACAUUGUGCUUGGUGUGUGAAUCUAUCCUGCAAGUGGGCGACGAUGAUGACAACGAAUUGGGCGAAUCUAUCCGCGUGUUUAUGCUACAAAUCAUUGAAGGUUUACGCGAUACCCGACAACGUCGAAUGUUUCGUGAGCUCGCUGCGACUCAACUAAAAUCGAGACUUGUUAAAUGGAGGAAGGCUAGUGGUCAAAAGCGGCGUGCUAUACUACGACCUUUGCUAUCAGAUCAAGAAGAGAGGUUAAUGAUAUCUUAUUUCUCGAAACUUGGACCAGAACGAUCAAAUGCUUUGCUUGGGUUGUUACAAGAGGAGCAACAACAAGUGUCAUCUCGUGGAAAGAAAGCCAAGAAGCACAUCGCUAUAUACUGUGUCCCUCCUCACAACAAGCCAAAAUCAACAUCAUCGUAG